UGGGAAGGGCGGAGGCGGGUCGCUGGGCGUGGUGGCGAGCGGGCGGCAUGGAGAAGGGCGGUCACGGCGGGAAGUCGGCGGCCGUCCCGGCCCCUCACCUGCAGCCGCCGCAGCCUCGGAAGGAGAGGAGGCCCAGCAUGUUCGAGAAGGAGGCAUAUGCGCAAAUUUUGAGAGAAAGACUGAGAGAAUCAUUUCAUGAUGUUCAGUAUGUAGAGCCUCCAUUUGAUGAUUCAAUUGCUGAUUUAGGUAAAGAAUGGAAGAGUGCCCUGGCAAAAUUAAAGUUUGCUAAUUCAUAUAGAAUGGAGCCAUUGAAAAAAUUCCAAGCUCAUUCCGUGGAAACUAAAGUCCAGCAGAUAUUAAAGCUGUGAUUAAUCCACAGCAGACAUGGCCAGAAGCUUUCCAUCUCCUCAGUGCUCGCCGGGAGUCCACAGAGAAGCCCUGGGGAAAGGGUUGGAGAGGUGGCUUCGAUUCAGGAAGACUGCGAAGGACAGGAUCACAGAGAACAGGCCGUGGAGGAUGGAGAUCACAGCAAAUGGGCCACGGAGGAUGGAUCACAGGGUACAGGCUCUGGUCCAGGAAACCCAAGCCUUAGGAAAACUAAAGUCUGAAUUUUCACAAACAUGUAAAUUAUAGAAAGAUUUCCUUUGUCUACCCUAAGAAUUCCCAGAAGCAUUCUUUUAAAAUUCCCCUGUGUCUCCCUGCUGUCUGAUGGGGUGAUCCAGUGAAGGAAAACUUACAGCCCGGGGGUUGGUGAUGGAAAGCAAUUGAAUGUAAUUAAAAACCAAAAUAAAUUUUAUUCAACAUUGUUAUUGAAAUAAACUGGUAAGCACAACAUUCAUUUCAUAUCAUUUGGUUAGGAAUGCAUGUAUUUUUUUAAAGGUAUAUGUAUUUUUUAGAUACAUGUUUUCUUGAA